AUGCCAUUCCACCUCGGCCACGCCACUGCACUACAGGUCAUUCCACCCCCUUUGCCACUCUCCUACAAAGCAGCCAUGCCACUCCACCUACAGUCAAGCCACUCCACAGCCUUCUUCCACAGCACCCCACCACUGCUACGUCGCUUCACUCGCACCCAACUCCACUGCCACGUCGGCCAAGCGUCGUCGGUCCACUUCCACGCCCCUCCACCACCAGUCCACUCCACUUCCACGCCCCUCCACCACCAGUCCACUCCACUUCCACGCCCCUCUACCACCAGUCCACUCCACUUCCACGCCCCUCCACCACCAGUCCACUCCACUUCCACGCCCCUCCACCACCAGUCCACUCCACUUCCACGCCCCUCCACCACCAGUCCUCUCCACUUCCACGCCCCUCCACCACCAGUCCACUCCACUUCCACGCCCCUCCACCACCAGUCCACUCCACUUCCACGCCCCUCCACCACCAGUCCACUCCACUUCCACGCCCCUCCACCACCAGUCCACUCCACUUCCACGCCCCUCCAUUCCACAAGCCUCUCCGGGCCAAGGCUUGAGUAG